AUGAAUGAUCAAGAUAUAUUUGAAGAUGAUUUUUUGGACGAAUACCAAGACAAUAAUGAAAAUAGAAGUUGGCAGCUAUGGAAACGUGCAAAAUUUUGGUGGUUAAAGAAUGUAGUGCAAGGAACAGUAGGAAAUUCUAUGGAGAGGAUAGGUGUACCGCUGUAUGAUUUAUCAGCUGACGGUCAUGAGAUUCACGACGAUAAUGAUAAUGAUGAUGAAGCGCCAAUGUUUUUAAGUCAUAGUUCGAUAAAAAACCAAGCCAAUAUUAGACGAUUAAAAUAUGUUGCACUUUUAUCAAUAGUUACGGGAAUGAUAGUAUUUUUAAUGAUAAAGAUAUUUGAUUUUGAUCCUGAUACAUAUGAUCAUAGACAUUCACAAUAUAGUGCCAGUAUUCAUCCUUUCCAAACAGAUCUUGAUCCAAAUAUAAGAUAUAAUAAUGGUACACACGAAUUUUAUCCUAUCAAUAUAGUCAUUAAAGUCGAUGGAUUAAACGUGAAGAGUAUAACAAGUGACACAAUGCCAUUAGUAACUAAGUUAUAUACAGGUGAAUUUUCUGAGAGUCAUUUAUUAAAGAAUAACUCAGUGAUGAUUGCACAGGAUGGGAUGAUCCCAAUAUUUCCCUUAUCCAAUGAUGCAAACGUUUGGAGUAUGAUGACAGGAUUAACCCCUGGAAAACAUGGUGUAUUUUUUGAUGGUGACAAUAGUACACUUCUUUCAAAUACAUUUAAAUCGAAAAAGAAACAUAGUAAAUUACAAUAUCAACCAAUUUGGUCACAAAUGGAACAAACAUUUCAAAAUUUUAAAGUUGCCAUGGAUAGUUAUUUUGUUUGGAAUCAUGGGAAUUAUACACCAACAUAUUAUUUAGAUCGUGAACCAAACAAGAAACAUGCAAAACAUAGUGAUUCUGAGACCAUUGAAUGGAUUAUAGAUUUGAUAGACAUGUAUGACAUUGAAAAACGUCCACAAUUAUUUUUGAAUUCAUUUAUAAAUUAUGCCAGUAACAUAUAUUCUAAAGGUUCCAAGGGACAAAUGGAUGAUUUACGCCAAAUUGAUACAUUAGUCACUAAAUUGAUUAUUGAAUUAAACAGACGUCAUCUUUUAGGUUUUACAAAUAUUUUAUUAGUGAGUAAUUUUGGAUUUGUUUCAACGGAAACAGUACCAUAUGAUCAUAUAUUAACAUUAAAUGAAUUAUUGAAUGAUGAUUCAAAAAUUGGUGAAGAUAUCAAUGAUCGACUAAUAAGGUCAUCACAAAUCAAUGAUAAUUUAUUAUCUAUUUACGUUGAUAAUAAGAAUAAGAAUGAAAUAUAUGGGAAGUUAAUUAAUGGACCACAUAAGGAUCAUAUUCAAGUUGAAUUAAAAGGAGAUUUACAUUCUUCAUGGCAUUUAGAUAGUUAUACUAAGAAUACCAUGGAUAAAAUGGGAGAUAUUAUGAUUAUACCACAAAAAGGGUACGGUUUUAAGGAUUCAAAGACUAAAGAUAAGAUGAUUAAUAGAUAUGAUGGGAAGAAAUUUAAAUUAGAUUCAGAAUCUGAAUAUAUCUUAGGUGGUUAUCCAUUUAAUUUUAUUGAAGACGAAACUAAAGCCACACCUAAUCCUCCAAACAAUGGUUCAUCAGUAUUCAUUGGAUUAGGUCCUGCCUUUUCAGCUAAUAAUAAUAAAGGAACAAUCCAAACUGUUAAAAGGAUGUCAAAUAGAGUCAUAUAUGAAAUUUUAACAGAAUUAUGUGGACUAUCAAUACAUGAUAGAAAUAUUGAAUCAUUACAGUUAGAUAUUGAUAAAGAUGUAUCAAUUCGUCAUAUUACAUUUUCUGAUAAUGAACACGAGGAACAAGAUGAACAAGAUGAACAAGAUGAACAAAAUGAAGAAGAGGAAAUUUAUUUUUCAUCAAUAGUUGCUAGUAAAUCAGUUACUAUGACAACAAGUAGUAUAACAACUACAAGUAGUAAAAAAUCAAAUAUUGUAAAACAAACGUCAUCAUUAUCUACGAGCAGCGGUUCAAUAGAAUCUGGUAUAGAAAAUAUUAUAUCUGAUGGUAUGGAAGUCAUUGAUGAAAUUUUUCAAUGGCUACAUGAUAGUCUUAGCGAUCUGACAGAAAAGGACUAA